AUGGGGGAUUUGUACUUGAAUGUUUGCCCCAAUUGGUGUUUUUCUACUAAUCUUUGUUGCCAUAAAAAUGGUAGAAUAGUUAUUGCUUGGGACCCUGAUUCUUUCACUGUGGAUAUAAAACUCAUUGACACUCAGUUUAUGCAUUGUUAUGUCACUCCUAGAGGAGCUGAUGUUGGAUUUUGGUGCACUUUUGUGUAUGGUCUCCAUGAGAGGGCCACCAGGGAGCCUUUGUGGCAUUCCCUUAAAAUAAUUGCAGACUCAUGUUCUGAUGCUUGGAUAGUGAUGGGGGAUUUCAACUCCAUGAUGGAUCUAGAUGAUAGGAUAGGAUCCAUAGUUAGACUUUCUGAAGUGCAGCCAAUGAGGAACUGUAUGCUCCAUUGUAAGCUAACUGAAGUAAAAACAGUAGGGAGACUCUAUACUUGGAACAACAAGCAAGAUGGAGAGGAUAGAGUUUUCUCUAGGAUUGAUAGGGUGUUGGCUAACUCAGAGUGGAAUGAUUUGUUUGAUACUGCUGAGGCAAACUUCAUGCCAGAAGGUCAUUAUGAUCAUAGUCCCAUGCUUCUCAAUUGCUAUCAAAGAGAACCUCAAAAAAGACCCUUUCGUUUUUUCAAUAUGUGGACCACUUCCCCUAGGUUCAACACCAUUGUUGAGGAGAACUGGAAAAAGUAUUUGUAUGGGUGUCCCAUGUAUAGGGUGAUGCAGAAACUGAAGUGGAUAAAAAUGGACCUAAAAGUUUUGAAUCAAGAGGGUUACAACAAUGUUGAAGCUGAACAGAUCAAAAGACACAAAGCUUUGCUUGAAGUGCAGAAUCUUCUUCAUUCUACUCCUAGUGAUCAGGGGCUAGCUUCAAGGGAGAAAGUAGCAUCAGAUGAGUAUAGAAGAGCUAGAGAGAACUACCUUUCUUACCUGCAGCAAACAGCAAAAGUGCAAUGGCUUCAGAAUGGUGAUGAAAACACAAAAGCUUUCCACCAAAGUAUUAGACAAAGGAGAAAACAAAACAGAAUUUAUGCCAUUCAUAAUGGGGAAGGAAAAUGGGUUCAAACUGAUACAGAAGUUCAAAUGGCUUUUGUGCAGUUUUACAAAAAUCUUUUCUGUACCACUAUGGAGAAUAAAGCACCAUUACUUGAUGCAGUCAUGGAUAUGGGACCUAGACUGAAUGACACUCACAGAGGAAGAUUAUUCUAA